UCAGUGGAAUAUUUUUGCAACUACCAUAAAGUCACAAUCCAUAUGAAUAUGAAUUUUGGCCAUAUCUUAAUUCAGAAAUAAUUUAGAUCAAUUUUUCCUGGUCUUGUCUGUGCAUGCUGGAUAUUGGACCAAGAGAGGGGUCAGUACUUAAAGUGUAAAGAGACUUGUCAUAAGACAAGAAACACUAAACCUGAACUGUGACCCUUUUAAGUAGGCUGGAGCUGUGAAACUCCUCAGAAGGGCAGUGGAUUCCAGCGAUUCCAUUGCUGUCCGUAGCCCCUCACCGCGGGGCUCUCGCCCCGGGCCCGCCCCUGUCCCUGGUGCUGACCGGGCGCGGCCUCUCGGCCCCGGCGGAGCCAGGGCGGGGCCGCCUGCCCGGGGCUCCCGGCCCGGGGAUUCUCCUCGCUCCUGGGCAAAUCCCGGGGGCUUCCGAUGCCACGGGGGGCACCGCACGCGUUUCCAGCGGAGCAACGCCUGGGAACAGGCUUUUCCUUUUUUUUUUUUUUAAUUUUUAACAGACUCAUAAAGCAGUGGCUCUGUCAUUGCACUGAGAAAACAGCUGACUUUCUGCAGGCUACUUUGGGGAGCAUAACAUAAAAAGCCAAAAAAGCAAACCAAACAGGACUGCUGAAGAGAAGGAUGUAUGGAGCGGGCUGCCUGGUCCUUGAUAGCACUCAGCAGGACCAUGUGAAGGCACCACAAGGCUCAAUCUCUUAAAUCAUCUCGGCAUCAGUGUCCUGGUGGGCAAUUAAAUUGUUCGUUCUGAAUUUUUUGUCUUCCAAACCCUUUGUCUCCUCUCGGGACGUCGUUUUAACUUUUCCACCUAACCAAAACGACCAUUGCUUAUCAACACCAGUGAAUCAGUGGGGGGAAACAACCUCGCUCCCACUUUUCCUACGGGUCAGUGAAUGAAACCACCGUUCUCACUCGUGUUCCGAGCAAAGGGGCCAAAGGCAGCAGGCAGUGGGCGAAGGGGCUGAAGUCUGGCGGCUCCAAACCAGCAAAGCAUUAACACACCAGGCUCAGGAGGUUUUGCUGAACUUGUGCAGGACAGCAGCCCCUCCCGGCCGCCCUCGCCGCCUUCCAGAGCGUUCCUGGUCCCACCCGCGGGCGCAGCCCCCCCGCUCCCGCCGCCAUUUCAUCCUCGCAUCCUUCCCUGAGGGCUCAGACGCGGAACGCCCGCCCCCCGGGAUACCUGCUGCCCCGGCGCUCGGCCGAACCGCUCCCCACAGCUCUGUGUCACCUUCCCGCUCUGCCACCGCGGCCCCGAGGUGAUCUCGGCCCAAACUCGGAUAUUUACACGCCGCCGGCAGCGGCUUCUUGCGGAUCGGUCCCUGCGCCACCGCCUGAGGCAAAUCCCCUCCCGCGCCGCCUCGCCCGCGCAGCGCCCCCUCGCGGCGGGACGGGGGGCGGCCGCCGCCCUCAGCGCGGCGCUCCCGGCGGCCCGGCCGCUCGAAAGGCUCCACCUGCGGGGCAGCGGCUCUUCCCUCGCCGCGGGGCGGGCGGGUGUCUCAGCGCUCCCCUCGGCCCCGGUCGCGGCCCCCUCUGGCUGCGGGGGCGAUGUCCGUGGGUGAGGCAGCCGCGGCUCCCGCGGGGGCGGGUCCCACCCGGCGCGGCCCGGGCAGCGCCGUGCGGCCGGAGGCGGCGGGGGGCGGCCGCUCGGCCCGGAGGUACCGGUGAGCGAGACAAGUUUAACAAAGCAUUGCAAAAGAAGGUUGACACUUUCUUGGUGCCUUUCCUGCUACAUGUGGAAAGAUCUAUAUAGAAAGAACUUGUAUUAUGUGCCACAGUGGAAGAUACCUGUGUGCUGAAGGAGAAUUUUAAAAUGGCUUUGUAGUUGUUAACAGUGCCCUGUGGCUGCCUGUGAAGCGGUACAGCAUGGCUUACAGCGUCAACCUGAACGGGCCCGGACCCUGGGGCUUCCGACUGCAGGGCGGCAAGGACUUCAACAUGCCCUUGACCAUCUCCAGGAUCACUCCUGGCAGCAAGGCAGCACAGUCUCAGAUGAACCAGGGGGACCUUGUUGUGGCCAUUGAUGGAGUCAACACUGACAGCAUGACCCACCUGGAGGCCCAGAACAAGAUCAAAUCCGCCAGCCACAACCUGAGCCUGACUCUGCAGAAAUCCAAGCGUCCUGUGCCAGUUUCAACCACAGCUCCCAGAAUUGACUCUCCCAGGGCUGUAAUUCCCCAUCAGAAGGAACCUGCUUGGGAAAUCAAUGGCAACAGAACAACCUUCAGCCCUCUAACUAAUACGGCGACUGGGCCUAUGGGUAGUGUUUUAGCAACCAAUGGAACAUUUUCAGGCUACCUCAACCAGCAAGAGAUCAGCCUUUCAAAUAGCUCUUCCUACCUAAAGACUACCACAGUUAGAUCUUCCAUGUCCUCUCAGUGUGUGACUCCCGACAUGUCACCUGCCAAGAGCGCUUUAGGUUCCAAAGCCAGCCCUGCUUUGGCUGGUGGCAGUAGCCCUGCACACCAGCUGAGCCCUGCAAGGCAGUAUAACAACCCCAUUGGCCUUUACUCGGCAGAGACCCUGAGGGAAAUGGCUGAGAUGCAUAAAUUGAGUCUCAACCGAAGGGCUUCGGAAGGUGGACUUCCCAGAGGCACUCUCCCUUUAAAGGACCCUCACGUAGACAGUGCCUCCCCGGUGUACCAGGCUGUGCUCAAAACCCAGAACAAGCCCGAGGACGAGAGCGAGGACUGGAGCCGCCGCUCCGCCAACCUGCAGUCCAAGUCCUUCCGCAUCCUUGCCCAGAUGACUGGAACCGAGUACAUGCAAGAUCCAGAUGAAGAAGCCCUGAGGAGGUCAAGAGACAAGGAAAACGUUGCAGCAGCAUCAGAAAACAGUACCCCUGUUGAGCAUGCCCCGGUGGCUCCCAGUUCUGCUGCUCCUGCACCACACGCUUCAGCACCUCAGCCUGCUGCCGCUGCUCCAAGCACCGCCAGCGCGAUGACAGCACCCGCCAGCUCCUCAGUAGGGCAAGAGCCUUUCUCCUCCUCCUUCCAAAGUUUCAACCGGCAUUCUUCCACCUCCAUCAGCUACCAGUCAAAGCAGAGAAACACAACCCAGUCAUAUACACCAAUGCCAAUUUCUGGAAGCUACAGUGAAAGUCCUGCUCCUUCUGCUGCUUCAAAAAUGAGAGUUGUUACUACUGCCAGCAUAAAGCCCUCUGUCUACCAGCCAGCGCCAGCACCAGUUCAUUCCUACGCGCCUGCCAACACGGAGCCUGCGAGUCGCCCUCCCUGGGUAACAGAUGACUCCUUUUCCCAGAAGUUUGCACCUGGAAAAUCCACCACCACUGUCACAAAGCACAUCCUUCCACGGGGUGCCCCAGUGCCAUCUCCUACCACAAUUCCUGCUUACCCGUCUCCAGUCCCACCUUCUUCCCAGCCCCCUGCCCUGGCCCGGGGAACGGUUCAGAGGGCGGAGCGCUUUCCAGCCAGCAGCCGCACUCCUCUCUGCGGCCACUGUAACAGCAUCAUUCGAGGUCCUUUCCUGGUAGCCAUGGGUCGCUCCUGGCACCCAGAAGAAUUCAAUUGUGCUUACUGCAAGACAUCCUUGGCUGACAUGUGCUUUGUGGAGGAGCAGAACAGCGUGUACUGCGAGCGCUGCUACGAACAGUUCUUUGCACCCACCUGUGCCAGAUGCCACACCAAGAUUAUGGGGGAAGUGAUGCAUGCCCUGAGACAGACUUGGCACACAAGUUGCUUUGUCUGUGCUGCUUGUAAGAAGCCGUUUGGGAAUAGCCUGUUCCACAUGGAGGACGGGGAACCUUACUGUGAGAAAGAUUAUAUUGCUUUGUUCAGCACAAAAUGUCAUGGCUGUGAUUAUCCUGUUGAAGCUGGAGAUAAAUUCAUCGAAGCUCUUGGACACACUUGGCAUGACACCUGCUUCAUUUGCGCUGUGUGCCAUGUGAAUUUGGAAGGUCAGCCAUUCUACUCCAAGAAGGACAAGCCACUGUGCAAGAAGCACGCCCACGCCAUCAAUGUUUAAAAGGAGAGUUGGUAGUCAGUGAUGCUGGGGUAAAACAGAUGACUGACUGGGCAAUCAUAAAGUUGAUAACCAUGGCUAGCAUUUCUCUUGGUAAAAGCUACAACUUGGUACUUCUCAAAUUUAACUUUAUCCUCUUUCAUAAAUGCAGAACAUGCUUUUUGCAAAGUUCAUACAAAAGUCUACUGAAUGAACAGUCAAAACCAAAUGAGCUGAUGAACUAGUCCAUUAUUAGAGCAACAGUAGGGGGAAAUACUGAAACUAACUAAAAACCUUAAUAUAAAAUGUGCAAAUAUAGUUUUAAGUUAACUACCCACGGCAGUUUAGCAGUUUUACUGCUUAGACCACACACUGGUGUUUAAAAACAACUGGAAAAAUACUUCUGUACUAAGUCAUUUUCUUUCACAGCAAGAAUGAGUAAGUGCCAUAUGUACAGUCAUCUGUAGAACCAAAGGCCGUUGCUAUCAAAGGGAAAUAAAUAGAUUAGGGCUUCCUCUAGGAAAAGUGAGUGCUAUUCCAUUAUGUUGUGGUGCUACCUCACAGCAUCAGAUAUUUUAGAUUCUUUCCAAAUAACAAGUCUGCCUUGAAUCCAUAUGUAACUGGGAAGCCUAGGUGACAAUCCAUAACAGUUUGAAAAUAAAAUGCUUGGGUCAGCCUUGCUAGUGCACUUGGCUGCUAUGUGCACAGCAGAUAAUUCAUUUUCAAAUCGUAAUGGAAAAGGACAACUGGCUUUCUCCGAAUUGCUUUUACAUUCAAUGGAAUAGAGCUGGCUGAAAGGGCCAGUUUUUAAUUCAAAACCAGUUCUCCUUUCCUCCUGUGGAAAAAAAGAGAUUCAGUCUUGCUUUGGUUUCUAAUUCCCACUGAUAUCAGAGGGAGGUAGGAACCUACAUCUGGACCUUCAGCUGGUGAACACAGAAGAGGCACAUCCAUGUAGCACAGCUAGGUUGUAGGAAACAGCUUGCAAAAGUUCCCUACUCUGUCCCACAUUAUUAGGAAAAAGGCAUGGUUUUUCCUAUAGAGAAUGAAUGUUGAUUAAAAAUUUAUAAGGCAGCAGGCACUAUAAAUAUUUAUUUCUUUCCUUAGUUUAAAUGCAACACAUCAUGAAUUGUAGCAGUAUUUGCCACUGGAAACAGUAGCUAUGUUCCAACAAUUAGGAUAACCAUACAGUCAUCUUCUAAUAACCAUACAGGUAUCUAUCCUAAUAGUUUGAGAACAAUUUUCAAGUUAUUCAAACAGUUAUUUAUAAAACUCUUUUUUUCAAAUAACCAAUACUUGUAGUACUGAUAAUACUUUUGAACUUUUGAAUAUCAAUGACUUUUAUAUUGGAGACAGCAGUUCUGUCUGAUGGAGUUAAGAUGGAAAGUCUGAUCACCAUUUGAGUUUUAUUAACUUGUUUUAAGUGAGAAUUAAGAUGUGUAUGUUGACAGCUUGCAGUACUGACAGUUUUGAAUUAGUACUUCAGAGGCUGAGGAUGCUUUCUGUGGGCCACAUGCUGGUGCCAUCUGCACCUAUUUUACCUUGCGUUCUGAGUAGCAAAAAAUUACAUAACAUUGUCUGUCUUGUCCCUCCCAUGGGUAAUGCCCAUUUCAUUUGUGUGUCUUUUAAGGGAUGAAAAAUUAUCCAAAGCUUGGGGGAGGAAUAAAUGAAAUUUGGAGUUCUAAUAUAAGAGUUAAGUUAGCUGCAGGCAGUCUGCAUCUUGGACAGAAUUAACAACCUGAACUGCCUGUGGCAGUUUUGACAUGGAUGACCUGUAUUUAUUCAGUAGGUAUCUUAGUUUUCACUCAUCUUAGCAGUGAUCUGAUCUGAUCUGAGUUGCUACAGGGUCAGAUUUUUGUAUGCAUGAAUUAUUCUAAAACACUAGUACAUUAUAUGCAAGGCCUUUUUUUCUUCUUUCUUUUUUUUUUCUUUUCUGUAAGCAAGCAAAUUUUCUGUUUUCAAUCGGUGCUGGGCUGGUGUGAAUAUAGUCCCACAGAUUACAAAAUCCAAAGAUCUGGCUCAUUAUAUUGUCCAGAGGAAUAAGUCAUAAUUAUGGAAGUCAAAUAUUUUUCCACUCCUAUUUGAUUUCAUUAGAUACUUAUUCACAACAGUGAGAAAAAAAUCUACAUUUCCUUUUCAUUUUUCAGUGCCAUUCAUCAAAAUGCUGUUUAAUCUUAACUGUUAUUUGAGAGAGUUGACAUCAGCAUACUCUACACUGAGACUGCACUGAAGACAUUCUUUCAGCAGAUUUGUGCCAGCCUUGGCCGCUGGCGGGGACUCUGUGACAUCAGGACAGGGAGUCAGGCUCCAUGGGAAGGGCUCGUGAUGGACGCCUCAGGAGAACUUCAUGAGGUCCCUCACCUCUGACCUGCGUGUGUUUGUACGUGUGUGUCUCGUUCUCGCCUCCACCUUCCCCCUCAGUGUCCCUGUGAGAUUCCUGUUCAGUGGCAGCAUGAGGGAGGAAUCAUUUCAGGAUGUGGCAGAGGUGUGGGGCUGCAGCUCAGGGAGAACAGCCUGUGGAAAGCGGCUGGCAGGCAGCAGGGCUGGGGCUGAGCUCCCUCAGGGUCCUGGGUGGGCCAGAGUGGCGGCUGCGGUGGCCCGGGGUGGGGAGGGCAGGCUGGGCUCACAGCAGGGACAGCGCCUGAGGCAGCCGGGGCUCUGCACGCCUCUGCUUGGGUGAAGAAGGGAGCCCUUCCCGAGGCUGGCGCUGGAGGGAGGAAUAGCCAAGGAAGGCUGAAGUGUCACCAUGUCAGAGAGCUGGGGUGGGGCAGGGCAGCCAGGAUUGCUCUCUACAGCCAGCGAGAGGGCUUCAGGUAAGAAACUGGGGUGCAAGUAGCUCACAAGAGCCCAGAGGAAUGGUUUGAACACGUACAGGAGGGGUGAACGAGGACACAAUCUGGUAAAUCUGCAGUCUGGACUGCAGCAAAGGGAAUGCAGGGUGUGUAAGCAGAGCUGAGCUGGCUAGCAGCAGUGGAGGUGCAGCAGCACAGACCUCAGUGGGAGCUGUACUGUCUUGAGAGAGCCCUGAAAAUGUCCUUGGGCAGAGAGAAGCUGCACUGUAGCACAUGCCCUGACUCCAGCUGGAGCAUGAGCAAGUGAGAUUAAAGCUAGUUUACAUAUCACUGUAUGAGGUACAGCGAUAGCUCUGAAUGAAGAACAGAGAUACCCUGAGGAUUAUCAUGUAAUAAAAAUUUCCUGUCAUGACUUGUGCUGCUUCAUAAUGUGGUCCAAAAAUAGGGAAUCCACAUACCCACCCUUGAUAUCUAUAUUAAGAUAGAAUUUUUGCACAUAUCUGAACCAGAAAUUUGUGAAUAAUAAUGUAGCAUUUUAACUUUCACAGGGGUAGAAUACCACAUAACUGUUGAUACUCUUCUGCUGUGUCACCUUUGUGAUAUGGAGAGGGUAAAAUGCAUAUAUAUAAUAUAUAUAUCUAAAAUUCAAAAUACAGCCUUUUAACUAUCACUGAAAAUAAUGUUGUACAAAAAUAUGCAAGAUGAAUAAUGUGUACUUGAUGAUGUUUUCUGUCUUGGAAGAGAUGCCUGGGAUAAGUCCAAAGUUCUUCUGAAUAUUUCUUUUCAUUCUAAUUAAUGUGAGGUUUUACCCAAUAAAACAAGGAUACUGUACCACUGAAUGAUCAAUUAAAAAGAUCAGUCUUUUGUCUAACUAAAAAGUGUUCAAUAAUUUUUCAGUCAAAUGAUUCAAAAGCUUUUUUAAUGUUUUUCUCUCUUUUGAUGUUCUUUUUGCAGAACAGGGAAAUUUAAAUGUUUCCAAAGAAGGCUAUUUUUAUUAUCUGGACAAAAAAAAAGCAGUCUUAGGACUUUUUUUCAUUAGUUUUUUACUAUAUUGGAUUCACACAUUACACAAUUCUAAAAUCAAUUCAAAACAAGGAAAACUAUUUUUCCAUUGGUCCUUCAGUGGUCAGUACUUUGGGUGAAAUUUUUUGCUGAAGAUUACUUGUAUUUAUGUUUAAUAAUGUGAAUGUCCACAGCACUGAACACAUUCAUUAGUGUCUAAUGCUGGGCACACUAAUGUUUGUUUGCAAUACUCGUCUCCUGGUAGUGGAUAUUAAUUUGUUUAGUAUUUAUAAACAUCAGAAUUUGAAACUGAGUGAUUUAUUGCCUGCAGUGAUCAUAUAUUAGAGGUCUAGGUUUUAUAAUAUUUUGAAAUGUUGACUUGAUGCCACAAGUGCCCUUGCUUUUAGAUAGUUAUUUUUUCCUAAGUUCCUAGUUAUUUCAGAACAGAAUGUCUGGUGGUUUAUGAGAUGUGAGUAAUUACCUUGCAUGGAUUAUCUGUGCCAACAUGAAUAAAACAGUCUAGUAAUAAAAGCAAUGUGCAAAUACAGUUAAAGCUUUAUGAUUGGGGUAUAUUUAUUAAUAUGCCAUGUGAACAGCUGACAGCUUUCAGCCAUGUAAUAUCAGUAAAAAAGCAUACACAAGCUUGUACUCUCUACUUCAAACCUGAAAAUAAAAAUUAAAAGCAUUGGUUUCAA